CAUUGGCCGCGGCGCGGGCGCUGCCAUGUUGGCGGAAGCAGUGGCUCCCGGGCCGUGGAGACGCUGUGGCUAGCGCUGCGUCCCUGCGCGCAGACUCCUGCUGUUUUGGCCUCGCUGGUUUUGGCGCUGAGAGGCGGCGGCCGGCGGGAUGGAGAAAAGUAGGAUGAACCUGCCCAAGGGGCCGGACACGCUCUGCUUCGACAAGGACGAGUUUAUGAAGGAGGAUUUUGAUGUCGAUCAUUUUGUGUCUGACUGUAGGAAGCGUGUCCAGCUGGAAGAGCUGAGAGAUGACCUGGAACUCUACUAUAAACUUCUUAAAACAGCCAUGGUCGAACUCAUCAACAAGGAUUAUGCAGAUUUUGUCAACCUUUCAACAAACUUGGUUGGCAUGGACAAAGCCCUCAACCAGCUUUCUGUGCCUUUGGGACAGUUACGAGAAGAGGUUCUGAAUCUUAGGUCAUCUGUCAGUGAAGGAAUUCGGGCAGUAGAUGAACGAAUGUCUAAACAAGAGGACAUUAGGAAAAAAAAGAUGUGUGUGUUGAGGCUUAUACAAGUAAUUCGAUCGGUUGAGAAAAUUGAAAAAAUCUUAAAUUCUCAAAGUUCUAAAGAAACAUCUGCACUAGAAGCAAGCAGCCCACUUUUGACUGGACAAAUUUUGGAGAGAAUUGCUACAGAAUUUAACCAGUUACAGUUUCAUGCUGUUCAAAGCAAAGGCAUGCCUCUUUUGGACAAAGUAAGACCACGUAUAGCUGGCAUUACGGCCAUGUUACAGCAGUCACUGGAAGGCCUCCUGUUAGAAGGUCUUCAGACUUCCAAUGUUGAUAUAAUACGCCACUGCUUACGGACUUAUGCUACGAUUGACAAGACACGAGAUGCAGAGGCAUUAGUUGGUCAAGUGCUAGUGAAACCAUACAUGGAUGAGGUGAUUGUAGAGCAGAUUGUUGAGUCUCAUCCAAAUGGCCUUCAGAUCAUGUAUAAUAAACUCCUGGAGUUUGUUCCUCACCAUUGCCGCCUUCUUCGAGAGGUCACAGGAGGAGCCAUCUCAAGUGAAAAAGGCAAUACUGUUCCUGGAUAUGAUUUUUUGGUGAAUUCUGUCUGGCCAGAAAUAGUACGAGGAUUAGAAGAAAAAUUGCCCUCACUUUUUAAUCCUGGGAAUCCGGAUGCAUUUCAUGAGAAAUAUACCGUAAGUAUGGAUUUUGUAAGAACAUUUGAACGGCAAUGUGGAUCACAGGCCAGUGUAAAAAGAUUAAGAGCACAUCCUGCCUAUCACAGCUUCAAUAAUAAGUGGAACUUGCCUGUUUAUUUUCAAAUAAGAUUUAGAGAAAUAGCGGGAUCCUUAGAAGCAGCGCUUACAGAUAUACUGCAUGAUGCUCCAGCUGGAAGUUCGUAUUGCCUCUUGGCUUCUCAUAGAACAUGGAGCAGUCUUCAGAGGUGUUGGUCAGACGAGCUGUUCUUGCCGUCGCUGACGCAUCGUCUGUGGAGACUCACACUGCAGAUUUUAGCCCGGUACUCCGUGUUUGUCAACGAGCUUUUACUCAGGCCCAUCUCUAAUGAAAGCGUCAAGGAUAUUAAAAAGCCUUUGGUAACUGGUAACAAAGACCCUUCCAUUGCACAAGGAAACAAUGAAGACCAAGGAAGUGGUCCUCCUGAAACAAAGCCUGUAGUUUCCAUUUCCAGUACUCAACUUGUGUAUGUGGUUGCAGACCUGGACAAGCUUCAGGAGCAGCUUCCAGAACUCUUGGAAACAAUCAAGCCAAAACUUGAAACGAUUGGCUUUAAGAAUUUUUCUUCCAUCUCAGCAGCCCUGGAGGACUCCCAGCUGUCUCUGUCAGCCUGUCUGCCUUCCUUGAGCAACAGGAUCGUCCAGGACCUGAGUGAGUCUUGCUUCAGUUACCUGAAAAGUGCCCUGGAAAUUCCUCGGCUUUACAGAAGAACCAAUAAGGAGGUGCCAUCUACAGCUUCCUCUUAUGUGGACAGUGCUCUGAGGCCAUUUUACCAGCUUCAGAGUGGGCACAAGGAUAAGCUCAAACAGCCCAGAAUUCAGCAGUGGUUAGAAGGUGCGCUCUCUGAGAGCACUCAUAAGUACUAUGAAACUGUGUCAGAUGUCCUGAACUCUGUGAAGAAAAUGGAGGAGAGCCUGAAAAGGCUAAAACAAGCCAGAAAAACCACUCCUGCCAACCCCGUUGGUUCCAGUGGUGGCGGCAUGAGUGAUGACGACAAAAUCAGGCUGCAGUUGGCCUUGGAUGUUGAAUACUUAGGAGAGCAGAUACAAAAGAUGGGGCUCCAAACAAAGGACAUAAAAAGUUUUGCAGCUCUCAUGGAGCUUGUUGUCACCGCCAAGGACCAGGCAACAGCAGAACAGCCUUAAGUAUCUGGGACAAGCCCGAGGGGAGAGGAAAGUUGGACUGGGGCCCAGAGGGAAGAAAGUGGCUCUGUUCUCUUACCGGCCUCUGCAGCAAAGUGCUUCCACUCAUCUCCAGCAACAUGCCAAUGCAGCUCUCUCAGCAUAUUUGGGUCUUCUCUCACCCAAAAGAACACAAAAGCCUUUUUCCAUUGUAUGGAAGAUAGUUUUUAAGACAUUUGAAACUUUCUACUAUAGUUUACAGAGCAAAUUUUUUAUUUUUACUGUAAAUCUUAGGAAGAGCUGAUUUCUAAAAUAUGAUUAGAGUAAAUCUAUAGGUAUGAAUAUAAAAAGUUGUCUUCCUGGUCCUGCAGUUGGAGGCAACUAACUGCAGUGGAGAGACCAUAUUGUGUGGAAACACCCUUCUCUGAGGUGAAAUAACUGUACGUUUAUUGACUUUCUGAAAGAGGCUGUAAAGUGGUGGUUCUCCAUUCUUCACGAGGUAUUUAAGAACAGUGCUUCUGAUCUUGCUCAUCACUCAGACCUCUGUCAGGAACUAGAACCAGUAGGGAAGAUUUAUUUCCUAAAUAAAGAAGUGUCUGCCAA